CAAAGUCUUAGUCGUUGGUAUCAAGCCUCAGGCUUUGCUCGCUCUUUCCAUAUCACGAGCAAUGACUUCUCAUCCGUUGAAGUCACUGCUCCAGCUACAGUUAGCCUCGGACGCUUCUUCAGUUUUGUACCUGUCAUCUGUGCUGUCAACUCUAUCAGAGCACUCCUUGUCGCCUUCCCCUCAUCUUCAGAAAUGGACAUCCCGGGUGACUUCCUUGAUUCAUUCAAAAGAUCCUGGAGCUCGAUGGGCUGGCAUAUGCAUUGCAUAUCGUACUUCAUCGCUAUCAAAGUCCACGAUGACAGAGUUUGCGCAGAGCUGGGCAGGACUCGCGCUGUCCAUCCUUACAAAACCUGAACCUCUACCGCUGCUCAAAGCUUCGAUAAGAUAUCUUCGGCAUGUCCUCAGUGCAGCAACUGACGUGCCAGAGCUCCAAAGGCAACUAGCCACUCCUACCGUUCCAAAAUUUAGCCAGGCGCUGGUAUCUAUCGUCGAAAAGGCUGCAGAUUACGAGCUCAAAGCUCUAGCGAUGGACACAUUGAGGGAUAUGGUUCUUCUGUAUCCUUCGUUGAAUCGAGCCUCGAGUUCCUCUAUUACAAACAUGUGUCAUCAAAUCCUUAACGGAUCUGCACCGCAACGCACGAAUAAAUUGCUGCUGCAUAAUGCGGCGGGCCUAUAUGCUGUUCUUCAUUACACCGGGGGCAAGGUCGGGGCCGCAAAUUUGUGGAAGAAGUCUGUAGAUGAGACCCUUCAGUGUCUCUGGGCUGCGUCGAUGGGUCUCAGAACUACAUUUCCAGUGAAGAACAGCUCCCUACCCUCCAGUGGACUAACAUGUGAUGAUCCAGUGCUAGCUGUCGCCCUCAAUCUUGACAGAUUGCAAUGCAGCGCUGCAGCGCUUUGCAGUUUACUGAGGACGACCGUUCAAAGACCAGUCCAAGUGCCUAUAGGACAUAUAAUGGAGUUCUGUCUAUUCCUGCUAGCUUGUACCCCUGAUGAAGAGAAAGAAGGCCACGUUGAUGCAACAGUCAGAGCCUUGGAGCUUGCUGUUGUGCCCGAACUGCAGAAUUCUGCAUGUGAUCUGCUCUGUUGCUUGGCAAAAACCGUUCAGUAUCGACUGACACCGUACGUGUCCCGGCUGGUUGUUAUGAUAACAUACCAUCUCGAACAAAAUCCUCUACCAGAGCGACGAUGUGCAUUGCUCCAGUGCAUCCAAACUCUACUGAGCAAUAGCUUCCCUCCCACCAGCGAGCUUAGCUCCACGAGGCUUGUCAAAGCCAUCAUGCUUUCUCUCAUGCCGGUGCUGUCGACUCAGUGUGAUUCACACACAGGUGAAACGGGUUCCGGACAGAACAAAAAAGGCAGGAAGCGCAGACGAGAUUAUGAAGACGACGAGGUGUUUAAACUAUCAAAAGACGUCAUUUGUUCAUCGACCGCCGAGGAAAAGGUUAUUCUUUGUGCUCUAGACACUCUGCAAGUUACUAUGCGAGGCGCUGAGUUGCAACCCGCCAUCCGUUCUCUAGCUUGCCGUGUCAUGUUAUCCUUGUCACUGUCAUUGACAGCCAUGCCACGUUCCUCUUUGUCUCGAGACGUUCAUCUCCACAGUUUAGUACAUGCAAAAGUGAAUGGCAUGUGUUUGGAGCUUGCUCGAGGGACGACGAGUGCGAUGAGCAGAAGCCUUGGCUUGGUUCUCAGAUCAACUGCGACGGAGGGCAAUGAAUAUACAAUGCAAACAAAACUCCAAUUACAACAAGAAGUUGACCUUCUUCUCCAUCCUCGCGGUCCACCAUUAGUCCGCCCGCUGCCUCAUGUGGAAGCGCUAUCCCUAUUCCGCGCAGAGGAAAGCAACGAAGAGCUUGCUGCUCGUACAUCACUUGCCUUGGCUGCAACAUAUGAUGCAAAUGUCAUGAAUUUCAUGGCAGAUCCUACCAUAGCGACCCCGACACCCGAACCUGCUCCUCAGUCCGUACCGACGCAUUUACCCAUGCCGACACCACCAAACAUCACAGCUCCUGGACCAAUCUCGAUAUCAUCUCCGGUGCCCGCCAAUCAGAAAAUGACAUCCUCAAUCACGACAGUACCAGCGAAGGAUUCUGCCGACAUUUCUUCAGCGAUGUCAAGUCGACAACCAACAGAAUCUCUGCUGCUGCCAUCUUCCAGUCAGAUGGAACUUGCUCCUUUUGUGGUUGAGCCUCGAGUUAUCCCGAUGGUAGUAGACGAUGACGAGGAAGAGGAAGGAAUACCGACUAUUGAUAUGGAGUCGGACUCAGAUGGUUGAUAGUGUGAUAUACGUGGGGUACGGUCUUGCAUUCACUUGUAACCCGUUGAACGAGUACCAUCAAAAAUUACUUCUCCUCCGCUUUGGGUGUGAUGGCUGACAACGUUUGGCAUGAGUCUCAUCUUCAGAAUCAUGGCCUGCGAAAGAGAGUAAUCCUGGUCCUUGAGAAAUGGAAUGCAG